CAUUUUUUUUUCCCCUCGUGGAAAUAGUGCAAUCUGUUGUAAUUAGCUAGGGUUUCGUAAUCUGUACAAUUCCAAUCUGUUCCCUUGUUUUUGUUCUUCGAUUUUUGUUUGCUUGAUUGAUCGACAGAUGGCUGCGGCUGCCGUAGCGAUCGAGUCCUUGGCUCCCCGCGGUCUUUACUAUCCCAAAUUCGGCAAGCAGACCGUACCCACGGAAUUGCGCAAUCGGUCGAUCGUCCUCGCUUGCCUGUCGCGGGAGCUCGCAGCGGUGGCGGAUACCAAUCGAUUUAGCCGGAGGAGCCGCUUCCGGGGUCACGCUUUUUCUUCCCUUUCUCAUGGAAGCAUGGGCUGGGGCCGCUGGGCAUUGGGAGAGGGGAUGGAUGGGUUGGGCGUUAUUCUGACGCGUCGGCGGAGAGGCGCGGCUUUCGCCGUCCGAGCUAGCAGUUCUGCUGAGCAGGGUAAUGACUCGAACGCCAGCUCCAGCGAUAGCACCGCAGAGAGCUCGCAGGGUAGUAGCCAAAGUGUCAAGAAGGUCGCUUCCCAUUCCUCCCCUUCGUCAUCUCAGUCGUCUACAUCUUCUUCUUCGUCGUCUUCAUCUUCUUCGCCUGGCCGGGAGAACAAGUGGAAGAACCGCUCGUUCAAGGGCGGCAGAUGGCAGUGGAAGCCAAUCAUACCGGCUCAAGAGAUCAGCGCCCUUCUCUUUCAGCUGGGCAUCGUCAUGUUCGCCAUGCGGUUACUGCGGCCCGGGGUUCCUCUUCCUGGAUCAGAGCCUAGGCCCCCUACUACGUAUGUAAGCGUGCCCUUCAGCGACUUCAUGAGCAAGAUAAAUAAUGACCAGGUGCAGAAAGUCGAGGUGGAUGGUGUGCACAUAUUGUUCCGUCUGCGACAGGAUUCUGCCAGUAUGGAAGCCGAUGUUGGAGGGGAGAAUCGAGCACAGGAUGCAGAAGCUCUUAUCAGGAGCAUGGCCCCGACAAAGAAAAUAGUAUACACCACCACUCGCCCAGCUGAUAUAAAGACUCCCUAUGAGAAGAUGCUGGAGAAUCAAGUUGAGUUUGGCUCACCAGAUAAGCGCAAUGGGGGUUUCCUAAACUCUGCGAUGAUUUCUCUGUUCUACAUUGCUUUGCUGGUGGGUGCUUUUAAUAACUUUAAACUAAGCUUUUCCCAGUCUACAGCUGGUCAGUUGAGAAACAGGAAGGCAUCAAAUUCAGGUAGUGCUAAAACAGCUGAACAUACUGGUGCAGUCACUUUUGCUGAUGUAGCUGGUGUUGAUGAAGCAAAGGAGGAGCUAGAAGAAAUUGUGGAAUUUCUUAGAAACCCAGACAGAUAUAUACGCCUAGGAGCACGGCCACCUCGAGGAGUCUUAUUGGUAGGUCUGCCUGGGACAGGCAAGACACUGUUGGCGAAAGCUGUGGCUGGAGAAGCUGAAGUACCCUUCAUAAGUUGUUCAGCUAGUGAGUUUGUAGAAUUAUAUGUUGGUAUGGGAGCUUCUCGAGUGAGAGAUCUUUUUGCUAGGGCAAAGAAAGAAGCACCAUCAAUAAUUUUUAUUGAUGAGAUAGAUGCUGUUGCAAAAAGCCGUGACGGUCGAUAUCGCAUAGUCAGCAAUGAUGAACGAGAGCAAACUCUCAAUCAGCUACUUACUGAAAUGGAUGGGUUUGAUAGCAACUCUGCUGUUAUUGUCCUUGGCGCAACAAAUAGGGCAGAUGUGUUGGAUCCUGCACUUCGCCGACCUGGCAGAUUUGAUCGGGUAGUUAUGGUAGAAACUCCUGAUAGGCUUGGAAGGGAGUCCAUUUUAAAGGUUCAUAUCAGCAAAAAGGAACUUCCAUUAGGCGAUGAUGUAGAUCUUAGUGAAAUUGCAUCCAUGACAACUGGUUUCACUGGAGCAGACCUAGCAAAUUUGGUGAAUGAAGCUGCUCUAUUAGCUGGAAGACUAAGUAAAAUUGUUGUUGAAAAGAUUGAUUUUAUCCUUGCAGUUGAACGUUCAAUAGCUGGCAUAGAGAAGAAACAUGCCAAGCUGCAAGGAGGAGAGAAAGCAGUUGUUGCCCGGCAUGAAGCUGGCCAUGCAGUUGUGGGAACUGCUGUUGCAAAACUUCUUCCUGGGCAACCAUGUGUGGAGAAACUGAGCAUAUUGCCUAGGUCAGGGGGUGCAUUGGGGUUCACAUAUAUCCCUCCUACAACUGAGGACAGAUAUUUGCUUUUCAUUGAUGAAUUGCGAGGCCGCUUGGUCACUCUUCUUGGUGGGCGUGCUGCAGAAGAAGUUGUCUACUCAGGUCGUGUGUCGACUGGAGCCCUGGAUGACAUUAGACGUGCUACAGAUAUGGCUUACAAGGCUAUAGCUGAAUAUGGACUUAAUCAGAACAUUGGUCCAGUAUCAUUGGCAACAUUAUCUAAUGGUGGCCUAGAUGAUUCUGGAGUGGGUUCUUGGGGAAGAGAUCAGGGCCAUCUUGUUGACCUUGCGCAACGAGAGGUAAAAUCAUUCCUGCAGUCAGCUCUUGAAGUUGCUCUUUCUGUGGUACGAGCCAAUCCUACUGUGGUUGAGGGUCUUGGUGCUUACCUGGAAGAAAAGGAGAAGGUGGAAGGAGAAGAGCUGCAAGCAUGGUUGAAAUUAGUUGUUGCCCCUACAGAACUGACUAUGUUCAUACAAGGAAAGUCUGGAAAUCUUCUCCAGCUGGAGUCAGGCUCCUGACACUAUUGAAAAUUUUCUCAAGAUCUAAAGAAUCAAAAUUACCAAUUCUGUUCCAGUCAAAGUGGCACCCACUCGUCGACAAAGAGAGUUGAUUUAUUUACCAUACAGCCGGCAACAUUUUCAUCUAUACCUCUUUAUCCAUGCUUAGUUGCUCAUAAACAGUUUGAGAUAUCCAAAUAAUUUCCCCAGUUAGAUAGUCUUUACUAUCCAUACCUUAAUCGCUUCAAUCCUUAUUAUUGAAUUAUGCCUAAAUCUUUGUCAAGUUAUAAGAUUAAGAUUAGGUCAUGUGUACAUUAUAUCCUCGGAAAUAGGUUUACUGGAUAUUUCUAACUGCA